CCGUGGACAUGUAAGGAAACCGAUCAAAAGAAGAACCUAAAAACCCUAAAAACUCCUCGCUUUUCUGGGUAGUUUGGAAUUGACUGUUUACAUUCUGGUGAGAAAGAAAGAAGAAGCUUUAUUAGUGUCUUUCUAUGGCGGGGAUUCUCCGAAACGCGUCUUCACUGAGACGCUGCUCUCUAUUCUCGUCUGAGGUAUCUACUACUAGAGGAGGUGUUGCUGGCACAUCGUUUCAGCUCCUCCGAGGUUUUGCUGCCAAAGGUAAAAAGAAAUCAAAUUCAGAUGGAAGUACAUCAUCGUCUGAGGAAGGUAUGACGCAAAAGGAGAUAGCUCUUCAGCAAGCACUUGAUCAGAUAACCACUUCCUUUGGCAAAGGCUCUAUCAUGUGGCUCGGUCGUGCUGUCUCUCCUAGAGAUGUCCCCGUUUACUCUACCGGCUCUUUUGCCCUCGAUCUAGCCUUAGGUGUCGGUGGCCUUCCCAAGGGACGUGUUGUGGAGAUAUACGGUCCUGAAGCAUCUGGCAAAACAACACUCGCUCUUCAUGUUAUUGCUGAAGCUCAAAAACAAGGAGGAACGUGUGUAUUUGUAGAUGCUGAGCAUGCGCUUGACUCGUCGCUUGCUAAGGCAAUCGGUGUGAAUACAGAGAACCUGCUUCUCUCGCAGCCUGAUUGUGGUGAACAGGCACUUAGUCUUGUCGACACUUUGAUCCGUAGUGGCUCCGUUGAUGUUAUUGUUGUUGAUAGUGUGGCUGCUCUUGUACCUAAAGGAGAGCUUGAGGGAGAGAUGGGGGAUGCGCACAUGGCUAUGCAAGCCAGAUUGAUGAGUCAAGCUUUGCGUAAAAUGAGCCACUCUUUAUCCUUAUCGCAAACCCUUCUCAUCUUUAUAAACCAGGUGAGAGCUAAACUUUCUACAUUCGGAGGAUUCGGAGGUCCAACAGAAGUUACAUGCGGUGGGAACGCCUUGAAGUUCUACGCUUCGGUGCGUCUGAAUAUCAGGCGAGUGGGACUUGUCAAGAAAGGUGAAGAUACGACGGGGAGUCAAGUUGCUGUGAAGAUAGUGAAGAACAAACUCGCGCCGCCUUUUAGAACGGCGCAGUUUGAGCUCGAGUUUGGGAAAGGAAUCUGCAAGGUCACGGAGAUAAUCGAGCUGAGCAUUAAGCACAAGUUCGUCGCUAAAAACGGAACGUUCUACAAUCUUAACGGGAAGAACUACCAUGGCAAAGAGGCUCUGAAGAAGUUUCUGAGGCUGAAUGAGUCGGUUCAAGAAGAGCUGAUGGCCAUGGUCAAAGAAAAGCUCAUUGUCGAUGAAGCUGCAGAUAAGGAAUCUGAAUCUGAGGAAGAAGAAGAGGAAGAUUCUGGUCGAGUUUUGGUUUCAACUGAGGACACGGAUGAUGAAGCACCAGCUCUAGACGUUGUUGCUACUGCUACAGUUGUUGAAUCAUGAUCUGUCCACCUCCGGUUUAAGGAUAAUAUUCUUCUUUCGGUUUAAUGUGGAUUGGGUUCGGUUUUCCCUCCC